GGUCAUGUGACCUCCAUGUCCUUGGUUUGGCUAACUUUGACAUGUGAGCAGCAGAAACAUGUCUUUCCCCAAAAAACCUGGUGGUAAAGCGCUAGAUGUGUUAAAGACUCUGCCGCGGUUGACUCUAGCAAACUUGCGGCCUGAACCAGGAGCCAGAAAGCCGGAGGUACGUCGGGGCAGAGGACAGCACGGUGGCAACAGAAGCGGCCGAGGACACAAAGGACAGCGACAGAGAAGCAACCGGCCUCGGCUGGGGUUUGAAGGGGGUCAGACUCCGUUUUAUCUGAUCAUCCCAAAAUAUGGCUACAAUGAAGGGCACAGUCGCCGUCCUCAGUACCAGCCUCUGUCACUGAAACGACUGCAGUACCUCAUUGAUCUGGGACGAGUCGACCCAGCCCAACCCAUAGACCUGACCCAGCUGGUCAAUGCCAGGGGAGUGAUGAUUCAGCCUUUGAAGAGGGACUAUGGAGUCCAGCUUGUUGAUGAGGGUGCUGACAUUUUUGCUGCAAAAAUCAACAUUGAGGUUCAGAGAGCUUCUGAAGGAGCUAUAGCUGCUAUUGAGAGGAACGGAGGGGUCAUCACUACCGGUUUCUAUGAUCCUAUAAGUCUUGGGAUUCUCAUUAAGCCCGUCCCGUUCUUCUUACGUGGGCAGCCCAUACCAAAGCGCAUGUUACCAGGGGAGGACAUGGUCCCAUAUUACACAGAUGCCGAAAACCGGGGUUACUUGGCAGACCCGGAGAAGAUCCGGCAGGCCCGGCUAGCCCUGGCUCAGAAGUAUGGAUAUACUUUGCCAGACAUUUCAAAGGAUGAACUGUAUCACAUGCUCUCCAUGAGGAAGGAUGUUCGACAGAUCUUUUUUGGCCUGGCUCCAGGCUGGGUCGUUAACAUGCCGGAGAAGAAGAUCCUGAAGCCCACUGACGAGAAACUAAUGAAAUAUUAUAGCUCAUAGGCGUGAGGAGAAAAAUGUUAAGUGUGUAUAUCUCAAAGGAAAAAUGUAACAUUUUUUUGGAUGUUGUAAAAAAAAAAAAGUCUUGAACAUGUUUCCAUUUUAUAUUAAAAAUGUGGAAAACUGAA